GAAAAAAAAAAAAAAAAGGUAUUUUUAGGUCAUUUGAUGAUGAGAAUAUGAACUUAUGAACCUGGGAGCUGCUUGAAGUAUCAUCUAACUAGGUACUUACCUAGAUAUGUAUUUGUUGUGAUUUCCGUCUUACCACCUGGGCAGAUACUAAGUAAGUACUGGAGAUAUGGAUAUCAGAAUGGAUCCUAGAUUGCGUAUUCAAAUACUCAAUACUGGCUCAAUUUCUGGUCCUACUAGAUUCCCUACAGCUCACCAUUAUUCCUCCGAUUGGAAACCUUUUUCCCCUUGUAAUUCUGUAAUUUCCCAUUUCCGAUCCCAUCUUCACUAUCACCUUUUUUUUUUUUUUUUUUUUUUUUUUAAUGGGAAAAGCAACAUUCCUUCGAGUUUCCCGUUUAGACAGUUCCUCUUCUCCCAUCCCUCCAAAGUCCCUCCCGCUUUUUCUUUCUUUCUUUUUUUCUUCGCUUGCAGCCUGUUUCCCCUCUCUGUGUCUCUCCGUGGACAGUCAUCCCUCCGUUUCCGGUUCGAGCUCUGGCGGGGGAUCCACGACCGUUAAGAGGCUCGAACAACAGUAAUUCCUCCUGCAAAGAGAGAGAAAAAAAAAUUUAAAAAAAAAGAGGAGAAAAGAGGAGAAAAAAGAAAGAACUAGAAAAAAAAAAAAAAAAAAAAA